AUGGCAAACAAUCACUCUAGACCAAUACCGAGCUCUGCCGAGUUUUUCUUCCCCACAGGACCAGAUCAUGUCCCUGGUGAAGAGUCACCUCAAGAUGCUAUAGCAUCAGAUAUGUACUACACCCGUGGUGCUGAAAGCCAGAUGAGAAAUGUACAUACUGGUUCCAACUCCUCUGCCUAUGGAUACAACACACCCAGCAAUCCAACAAGCCCAUGGUUCAAUGAUUGGCAUCGCGGAAUGAAUGUUUCACCAAGCCCACUCGACUCACGAUCAAACAGGACUUUGGGACAAGAUUUGAGCCAACAAUCCACCUCAACCUCAAACUUUAACAAUCAGAUACUUCCUAUCCAACCGGAUCCAAAGUCUAGUCAACAAAAUCUAGUACAACAUCCACGUGGAGAUAUGAGAUCACCUUCCAAACCGGAUACAAGCAGUCAUUCUUUGAGACAAACCUCCAAAGUUGUACAUCUUGAGAGCGAUGAAGAAGACGGCAAUGAAAUCACAUACGAACUCUGGCAACACAAGAUUUCUCCUGUCCCUCUUGAGACCAGAGGCGGUAAAAAGGCCAAGAAUUCAAAGAAGAAAGGUGGAAAGCAAAAAAAAAUCAAAAUGGCAUCUCCACGAUUUACUCCCUACAAACCACCACGCCCAGUCAGAAAGGAGAUGAGCUUCCGAGGUAGCGGAUGGAUUGACUUCGUAAAUCAACUCUUCACAGCCUGUGAUUCCAACAAGGCUGGAUCGGCCGAGCGCCUGGCUGCGGCGGAACGUCAUGAAAACCUCGAUAUUGAAGGUUGGAUCAACAAAUCCAAAAAUCAUAAGAAGGCCCAACAUGCUUUGAUCACAGACAACAAGACCUUCAAGGCUUUUGCAGAAGAGGCACUUGCAUCUCCUGUGGGUACCAGUAUGGGUUUCCGAAUGGUUCAACCAGAACGCAUAGACCACGUUGAGGAUGAGCGAGCAGCUGCUUUAAGUGGUAACGAAAUCAGUGCAGAAAACAGUUCAGACAAUUCAGACACCGACACUGAUGGUUCGGAAAGGGUUCACCCAACCACCAAAUGCUACAAGAUUUUGUAUGCCAAAUUUGAAGAACAGUUCAAGGCUGGCGAGAACGUUGUACCUUUCCCCAAUCCAGCGAAUGCACAGGAAGUUCUACCCUUGAACACAGGUCGUAUUCGCAUAUGGGCCGAUGCUUGGGCAAAUAAGACCACAGGUGUCAAUGAAACUUCUCCCCCAAUGUCACGCCAUGACUUCGAAUAUGUACUUAAAUCUGACUGGGAACGAGUCAAGGCGGAAUUUGAGGGCAAAAGACCAAGCUUAGCCGGGCUCAUAGCUGCUCCUGCAGUACCUCCAACCACCCCAGCAAUCCACACCAACUACAACUACUACAUCCCAUUUCAACCUGGUGGAUCGAGCGCUUCACAACCCUACGGAUUCUCUCCGGCUCCACCUGGUCUCGGCCAAAACACUCAAGGUAGUGUCAAUGCGACUCAACCGUUGAUGAUCCCACCCACUCCACUUGGUUUACCACCUCACACAGCAACUAGAGAAGACUCGCCUGCUCCCGAACCUCAUGGUGGUUUGGAAAACUUCUUUGAAUUUGCUCAAAUCAAGCCCGAUUUUCUAACUCGAAUGGUCUUGUACACAUCAUUCAUUAUGCGACUCCCAGAUCGGUUACUUGGUCAUUCCAUCUCGCAAUCAUGCUUGUCCUUCUUUGAAAAUCAUCAUCCCAAGUCACCUCCUAAUGAGAAUGAUGGCAAAUGA